CAAGAGUUUGUAGCGUCCGAGGCCGCCUGAAACGCACCAUUCUACCCUGUCGUGCCUACAUGCGACUUCCCCUGAUCCACACGGCUACCCCCUCCUCCGUUUGGUCAUGACCUAAACAUAAUGCGCACUGCGCUUGGGUGACUUCUUCAAAACAUCUCAACUCAACCUCUUCGCCGUUCCCGUCCCUCGUCGGUCGCUUCCUGUCCUUAUCCCUCUCCCCCCUCCGACGUGUUGACCACGCCUGUCGCAAACCACCCACUCCGUCACAAGAUAACUACAUCACCAUGUUUGCGUUUCAACAACCUCUGAAGCGUGCACGAGACGAUGACUCGGACUCAGAGGAUGACAGGUACUUGAAAAAGUCACGUCCAUUCGCCUUCCAUGGAUUUCACAAUGUCAACGCCAACCUCAGCUCUCUAUCAAACUUUGGCAAUCAACCGUCGCCGCCUCACAUCAUGCAAGAUCUAGGAGCCAUGACGCCCGCCCAGUCCGAGCAGAACUCUCCAGUCUCAGUGCAAGAUGAACAGCCGACAUUUUCCUCUCCACGGCAGGCAGAUUUGGACAUGGACAUGGACAUGGAGGUGGAAGAGGAGGAAGACGACUUCGACAUCAUUGGCAGCCAGCCGCCAGAUUCUCCCUUCAUAUCGAACUUCCUCAGGCCCGCGAAGCUCAACUUCGACUCAUUCAGCAGCAUAGACGCAGCAGCAAACAACACAGGACGAUUGCCAACGCCCAUUUUCCCAACCUUCAACGGACCCAGAGGGCCCAUGAAUACGAGUCUUUUGGGCGGAGUCGGCUAUCCGAGCAGUGGCUUGGCGGGUGGUUUGAGCAUGGACUCCGGAAACGGCUACCUCGGCGUGCCCCAGAACCCACUCCUCCAGAAGCCUCCGACAAUACGAAAGCAGGCGCAGGUAGAACACGACCGCAGUCGCCGCAUGCCGUCGCCCAUCUCGGAGGACGAAGAUAUCCCAGAUACGCCCACCGCCCUCACGCAGUCGCAACUUUCGCGUCUUAGUGUGACGUCGAAUGCUGAGCGGAUGGACCUGGAGUCGCAGGAGAGUAGUGAUGGACUGCCGCCACCGCCGGGUGUUUUAACGACUCCGUCACGCGGACGCAAACGCAGUGGAGCACUGUCCGGCAAGGGACGAUUCAGCAUGGGCUACAGGGACGAUUGCGAAAAGUGCAGACAGCGGGUUCCUGGCCAUUAUUCGCAUUUCCUGCCCUAGACCCUUUACAUUCGACUUACUAUUUUACGACUUACUACUGAAUUGGAUGGUUACGGGCGCAUGAAUCGGAUGGAAAUCUUAUAACCACG